AAUUUUCAAGGCCAAGACCAACUCCAAAGUCCUAAUUUUUGGCCUUGAAAUAAUUUUGUAUCUAUUUUUUGUUUUGUUUUCAUAUUUAUGUUAUGAAAAUAAUGGUUAUUUAAAGUCGUUUAAGAAUUUUUCAUUCGCAUGAAUCAAAUAAAUGCGAGUAAUACGCAGUGGAAUGGAAUAAAUCAGCCAAAUGGAAUAAUCUACCACAUAUCACAACUCCUAUAAUGAAUCGUGCAAUAUGAGAUAUAUGAUACUGGUAUUGAAUAAUAGUAAAAAUAUAAUUAGUAUAGUUAUUAAUCCAAUAUUUCAUGAGAUUUAGCAAAAGGAAAGAACCAAAUUUUUAUCUUUUUUUUUUCUGAAGUUAAUGCUUGCCUGAAUUUGUUACUUAAUAUGGAUUUGAUAAAUAAUUAAUACAACCGAAUGUGACAAAGUUAACCAUGAAUUAGGAGUAACGUGCCACCUUCUCCAAUAGUUUUUAAUGCUACAGCCAUUUCAUAUGACUCAAUAAAUACAAGCUGGACACCUGUAAAUGUCACAAUUGAUGGUAAUCUAACAGUUCAAGGCUAUACAGUUUUUUACAGACUAGCAUUAGAUCCAAAGUCAUCAUGGAAUUGGACCUCAUGUCAGAACACAACAUAUUUGGUGAUUGAUAGGUUAGCUCCAACUACAACAUACACAUUGAGAGUUCUAGCUUUCCAUUCUAUGGGAAAUGGAAUCAGUUCAAAUCCAGUUGAAGAAAGAACCUUGGAAGGCACGCCUCCGGAAGCACCUAAAAAUUUGACAUGUACAGCUAAUUCAAUAAGCAGUGUUAAGUUAUAUUGGAUUAGAGUUAAGGAGUGGAGAGGCAAUCCAAAAGGCUAUACAGUUACUUACAGAUUGUUUGGUCAAAAUGAUGCUUUCAGCACAAAGAUCUUUGCCUCCACAUCAGUAUUAGGAAUGAUUUCAGGUUUAAAAGCCUAUACUCAAUAUGAACUUUAUCUUACUGCAGAUACUAAUGCUGGAUCAGGGCCUCAGGCCUGGUGUGUGUUUAGAACCUUGCAAGGAGUUCCAUCUAUUGGUCCCAAUAUAACUGGUUGGUAUAUUGAUAAGAAUCGUCCAAGUGAGGCUGUGUUUAACUGGGUUCCAAUACCUAAUGAAUAUAUCAAUGGGAAAUUGUUACGCUACAAAAUUUCUUAUGGGAUAUCUCGAGAUGGAAAAAAAACAAUUCCUCCAGCAAUGACUGAUAUUUGGGUUGACAGUUUCACCACUGGGUAUGUUAUAAAAGAUUUGUCAGUUAACACAGAAUAUACUGUAUACGUUGCUGGUGAAACUGCUAUUGGACCAGGAAUUAAGAGUAACACUAUAUAUAUUGAAUCUUGCAAAUGUCCCUUGAAGAUAUAUACUGCAUGGUACCUAAAGAAAGGUUUAAUUAAUGGGCAAGGUUUUAAUGUUACUGGAGGAAUAAUGUAUGAUUUUUUAAAAAACAUGUCUGACUCAAUAUGUUCCUGUAGUCCUGGUUUAGAAGAUGGAAAUUUAUCUUAUAGUCUAUAUUGGGAUCGAACAAAAGAUGGCAGAACUCCAAUGCGAAAUAAUGAAGAUGAAUUGAAAACAAUGGUCAAUAAUAAUGUACAUUUCCAUUUGCCUGUCAGUGGCAAAGCAUCAAUUGAAACAUUCCAGUCACAAUAUAAGUAUGUGCAAAUUGUUUCUUCUCCAGGCAUUGGGUUCAUAGUAAUUGACAAAUCAAAAUCUUUUAACAAGUCACAAGCAGUUGCUGUAGCUAUUUUAAACUGUUGGCCUGCUGUUUUUAUUAUAUUUUUUUUCUCAACUGUCAGUGGAAUCUUUAUGUGGAUUCUGGAUUGUAAAGUGAACAAAGUUGAGUUUCCAAAUGAAAGCUUUGUUCGUGGUAUUUUACAUGGUGUAUAUUGGGCAUUUGUCAGUAUGACUACUAUUGGCUAUGGUGACAAAACUCCACGAAGUACUCCAGCAAAAAUUGCCGCUAUAUUCUGGAUGUUAACAGGUCCCAUUACCAAUGCUAUUGUGAUUGGUGCUAUAUCAACAACUCUAACAUCGGUAAAAUUGGGUUCUGACCCAAUUCUUUAUGGAACUAAGGUAGGAGCAAUAAGUAGUUCAUGUGAAUAUAAUCUAGGUGUUAGAAGAAACGCAAUAAUGAUUGGAGAUUUUAGAAAUGUAUCAGACUUAUUGAAAGCGCUUGAAAUAAGUUUGGUUGACGGGAUUUUGUUAGACUCACUUAGCAUUCCUUCUGUAGUUGAUAUUUUUGCUGAAAAGAAUUUUAAGAUUGCAAAAAUGAUACCUGUACAAUGUGGUUGGGGAAUUGUUCUUUCUUCUGAUAUAAUAAAAGUGGAAGAGGAAAUACGCUCAUAUGUAAAAUCACAAGAACAGAUGGUGAAGAGUCUGAUUGAUAAAUUGACAAAAUCUGUCACGAUUAUGUCACCUCCAGUUUCAGCAUUAGACACUGGGUUGAUUGAUCCUAAUUCAGAGAUUUCUCGAGGAAUUUACAUUUAUGGUUCAAUUUUUAUUUUAUGUGCAAUUAUUGUAGGAUUUACUGUUGAAGUUACAUAUGCAAGACUAAAGAAACCAAAACUUCAACCAUUCAAUGCAAAAGAAGCUUUUGAAGUGAAGUUGUCAAAGUUUGUGCGAAAAUUUUGCAACUACUUACGUAUUGAUAUAGAAAGUCAAAUUGAGAAAGAUGAAACUGAAAUGAAAGCUUACUUCAGACAGAAAGGUUAUUCUUUGGGUCUAGGAUGGGUAUCAUAUUUGACAGUAGACGAAAAAGUUCUUAAAAAAAAAUUAAAGUACGAUGAGAUCAUGCGUCUUGACUUGAAUGAACGAAAAGGUGAACCCAAUCGACAAAAUAAAGGUUAUGAGAUUUUAUAAUUUAAAUCGUGAAACAUUCGUGUCAUACAUCAAACAUUUGUGUCACGGAAAGUUAUCUUUCUUAGUUUUACUUACUUCUUGCACUUUGAAGUUAAAUAAAUAUUUUACACCAAAAAAUAAAAUAUGUAGUAUAAGUUUUUUUAAAAAAGUUUUACAUAAUUUUUAAA